CAGCCGAUAUAAACUCGCCCACUGACCUACUUCAGCAGCAGAGGAAGACCAAGUCAAACUCAAAAGAAUUCCCUGAGCUUUUUGACUUUUGGACUUCAGGAUGUUGCCACUUGUGUGUGUGCUGUUGCUGGCUACCUCUGCGCUGGGCCGUUUUGAUGAAUCCUCUUUGGAUGCCCAGUGGGAAGAGUGGAAGAGCACACAUAGGAAAGAGUACAAUGGCUUGGGUGAGGAGGGGAUCCGCAGGGCCAUUUGGGAGAAGAAUAUGCGCAUGAUUGAGGCUCACAAUGAGGAGGCCGCGCUGGGCAUUCACUCCUUUGAGAUGGGGAUGAACCAUCUGGGAGACAUGACCUCAGAGGAGGUGGUUGAGAAGAUGACUGGCCUGCAAAUCCCGGUGAACCAGGAGCGCAGUUUCACACUGGCUAUGGAUGACAUGCCCUCCAAAAUUCCCAAAUCUGUUGACUACCGUAAGAAGGGCAUGGUGACUUCAGUUAAGAACCAGGGCUCCUGUGGCUCCUGCUGGGCCUUUAGCUCUGCCGGGGCCCUUGAGGGACAGUUGGCCAAGCAGACUGGGCAGCUUGUUGACCUCAGUCCUCAGAACCUGGUGGACUGUGUUACAGAGAACGACGGCUGUGGAGGAGGCUACAUGACCAAUGCCUUCCAGUAUGUGAAUGAAAAUGGAGGCAUUGACUCUGAAGCGGCCUACCCAUAUGUUGGACAGGAUCAGACCUGCCGCUACAAUGCAUCAGGCAUGGCAGCCCAGUGCAAAGGCUACAAGGAGAUCCCAGUGGGUAAUGAGCGCGCGCUGGCUGUUGCACUCUACAAAGUUGGUCCAGUGUCUGUGGGCAUCGAUGCAACACAGAGCAGCUUCCAGUUCUACAAGCAUGGUGUUUACUACGAUCCCAACUGUAACAAAGAUGACGUCAAUCAUGCCGUACUGGCAGUAGGCUAUGGAGUGAACACCAAGGGGAAGAAGUACUGGAUUGUCAAGAACAGCUGGGGUGAGGAAUGGGGCAACAAGGGAUACAUCCUGAUGGCACGUAACCGUGGCAACCUCUGCGGCAUCACCAACCUCGCUAGCUACCCCAUCCUGUGAACAGAUUAGGGAAAAUGAACGGGCUUUGCUUAGACUACUAUAAGACAAAUAUACACUUGGAAAUGUUCAGAGUAAAUGUUCAUUUCAACACAUCUGCAACCACUACAGUACAAUAUGUUUGUUUACACAGUCUUUUCUAACAGGAAAUGGAAUUUGGAGUUACCGAACAGGUUCACUGAAAACAGGCAUUAAAUGUUUUUGAGUCUUAGAUCCGAAAAAACACUUUUAAACCCUGUAGUUAUCUCAUGCCUGCAGACCUCUGCUGUGCUCUUUUUAAUAAAGAAACAUAUACAGUUUUUUGUAACUUCAGGGCAUGCCGUUGGUUGAAUAAGCCUAAUCCAGAGCACAGGCUUGUUUUGUGCUGAAGUCGCAAGUUAAAUCUACAUAUCUACAUAGCACAACAUACUUUUUCGUUUUACAGUAUUUGACUGGUAGUCAGUGAUAGUUUCAGUCCCUACUUUUACUUGCUUUCUGUGUGAAAAAAGACAGGAAACAUUGCUGUGCAAUGGGAGCUACUCCUUUCCUGCUGGUAGUGUGAGUUCCUAUAAAUCUAUAAAAAUAUUUUCUCUUGUGAUCACAAGGACUUGUCGUUCUGUUCAGCACUUUUCCAAUGAUUACAUUGUAAACAGAUGUUUUCUAUGAAAUUGAAUAAAGGGUUCAUUUUGAAUUUGAA